UCCCCUUUCUCUACUCGAAUCGCGUCUGAAUGCUGCGCCGAGUUGGAUCCUGGAGCGAUCUCGUCCCCAUCCCAUUACCCUCGGCUGUAAAUCCCUCGCCGUGUUAUUUACAUGGAUGCGGCAUUGGUGUAAGGACUUAUUUAGUUAGCUCAGAGAGUUCUAUGCAAUUGUAUCCAAAGGUUUCGGCUAUGUUACAAUAUACUAAUAUAUGUAUUGUUGGUUUUGCGGGAUACUGAAUUAUAUUAGUAGAGCUCAGACAGUCAUGAACUUCAGGUCAGAUUGGAUGGUUUCACUGAACAUUGUUGAAGAAUAGGUUCAUUCUUUAGUUUUUUUUUUAAAAAAUAGUAGUGCAGUAGAUGCCAGCCGGUAAAGUAGCUUUACUGCACAAGUGGACCAUUCUAUGUAUUAACAAGCUCAUGCUCCCCUGUAUAUUUUCUCCCCACUUACAUUCCUUGGCAGGUAGCUCUUGGGACAUGAAUGCUCUCUGGCUAUAUUAAGCCCCAGUUUUGGAGAUGGAAGAAUCCAGGUCAACUCGACAGUUUUCUCAUGUUAUUCUUGGUUUGGAUGGUACCCUCUUAAAUACAGGUGCUAAAAUCAUUUCUUGUCAAGGAAGGGAAAACAUGGGAUAGCAAGAAAGCUCAGUGUUUAUUACGAAAGGGACCUUAUGAAGCUGCAGUUGCUGUUUUGGAAGAAUAUGAACUCCCUUACUCAGCAGAAGAGUUCCUCAACAUGAUUACUCCAAUGUUUAAUGAGAAGUGGGGCAAUAUAAAAGCCCUUGCAGGAGCUAAUAGAUUAGUACAGCAUUUAAGGAGUAAGGGUGUAUGUGUUGCUCUGGCUUCCAACUCCCCACGAGAAAACAUUAGAGCAAAGAUCGCUUGUCAUCCGGGAUGGGAAGAAUCUUUUGUAGCAAUUGUUGGUGGUGAUGAAGUGACAAGGGGGAAGCCAGCUCCAGACAUAUUUGUGGAAGCUGCAAAGAGAAUGAACUCUGAUCCAUCAAAUUGCAUCGUAAUUGAGGAUUCCUUGCAAGGUGUCCUGGCUGGUAAAGCUGCAGACAUGCAUGUGAUAGCUGUACCUUCAAUACCCAAAAGCACUGCUGAAUUUGGUGCUGCUGAUGAAGUGAUCAAUUCCCUCCUUGACUUACGGCUUGAAAAAUGGGGCUUGACACCGUUUGUUGAUUGGAUUGAGGACACCUUGCCAAUAGAGCCAUGGUUUAUCAGCGGACCUGUGAUAAAAGGAUAUGGCCGUGGUUCUAGAGUACUAGGGAUACCAACAGCCAACUUACCUGCAGACAAGUUCUCAGACAUACUCUCGGAGCAUACUUCUGGGGUAUACUUUGGUUGGGCUGGACUGCGUAAACAAGGUAUCUACAAGAUGGUCAUGAGCAUUGGUUGGAACCCAUAUUUUCAUAACUCAGAGAAAACUAUUGAGCCAUGGAUACUUCAUGAUUUCAGCGAGGAUUUCUAUGGAGAGGAGCUCAGCCUUGCUAUAAUUGGCUACAUAAGACCUGAGGCCAACUUCAGUUCGGUUGAAAGUUUGAUAGAGAGGAUUCGCGAAGAUGGAAGAAUAGCAGAGAAAGCUCUCGAUCUCCCAAUAUACGCCUGCUAUAAGGACUUGCCGUACUUGAGAAGGGAUCAAAAUGAUUGACCAGUUCUACAGCCAAAGAAGCCGCCAAAUAGACUAUACAUAUUCGUGAAAUUAUAUUUUCCGUGUUCUGAAAGAGGACGCUCAUUUACAAAAUUGUUCUUAAUUCAGUUUGUACGGUUUGCAAUUAUAAAUAUUUGGAGUUCUGUACAGCCCCGCAAGUUUGAAGGUUGCACGCUAUCAGUUACUAUGUUCUUGCUUGCUCUA